AUGUGUGUGGAAGUCGACCUCACCAAACCGCUCCUCUCCAAGUUCACAGCCAAGAUGAAGGUUCGAAGGAUAGAAUACGAGGGAAUGUACCAAAUUUGCUUUCACUGCGGUGUUUAUGGCCAUGCAGCAGAAGCCUGUCCCCGGAAACCAUCGGAGGAAGGGCACGCGACGGCGGAAGCAGGCGGUGCUAAGGGAAACGAUGGACGACAACCAAAUAAGGAAAGCGAUCAACCGGUGAUCAUUAGACCGGAAAUCGUGGAGAGAUAUGGUACGUGGAUGAUUGCGCCCAAAAAAAUGUACAGGCAAAAUCGCUCCAAUAAUGGAAAGAAUAAGGAUCAGAAAGGAAAGGAUUGGGAUGGAGCUAAAGACCCUAACGGCUCUAUGAGUGGAGAGAAAGGAUCGCAAAAUGGAAAGAAUAAAGGGAAAGAAACAGUAGACCAAGGAAUUGGAUCAGCAUCUAUGUUUGCGGCUUUGAGUGAGGAUAUUGUGGACGAAACAAUUGAGCUGACUGAGGAAUCUAAUGAGGGGAAUCAAUUGGAAAAUCAAGUGAGGAAAGUCGGGAAAUCAGUAGGGAAAAAUAGGGAAAAAGUGAGAAGACCCAAUGUGCAAAUCUCAGAAAAACAAAUAACAAAUGAAAAGAAUGUGCAUCCAGGGGCCACGCAAGUAAUGCGGAAAAGCCAUGCAGCAGCUUCAACUGAAGCUAGCACUUCCAAGAGGCCUAGCAAGAGCAACCAAGCAGCUGCAGGAGACACACAUACAGUAGCAAGGGGUAUAGGGGCGGACGACACUUGUAUCAAACUUGGUUUUGAUCAAUGGCUUCGCGUAGAAGCUGUGGGGAUGAGUGGAGGCAAAUGGAUCCUCUGGAACAACUCUCUCAAGCUGGAUGUUCUAAGCACCAAUCCCCAAUUCGUUACUUUGGAAAUCACGAACAGUAGGAAUAUGGUGUGGUCCAUUGCAGUUGUGUAUGCAAGCCCCUCCCAUAAUCUACGACAUAAAUUAUGGUCAGAUUUAGGAAGAACUCAGCACGGUUUGGAUGAAGCUUGGAUUGCUAUUGGAGACUUCAACUCAAUCAGAAACUCUGAAGAAGUCUAUUGCCGUGAGAGUUUCAAUGAAAGACGAAGUAGAGAGUUUAUAGAAUGGAUAAGCCGAGAGAGUCUCAUUGAUCUAGGUUUCAGCGGAUCGCAGUACACCUGGAGACGUGGAACCACCGUCGAAACCUUUAAAGCUGCUCGUCUGGAUAGAUGCCUGUGUACGGAAGCCUGGAUUGACAAGUUUCCGAACGCGACCGUAUCGCAUAUACCGAACCUGACCUUGGAUCACAACCCCGUCCUACUAACUCUGGAAAACCAGACUAAUUAUAAUAGACCGAACAGAUUUCAGUAUCAAGCAGUUUGGGGUUUGCAUAAAGACUUCGGUAAGAUUGUUACUAAUACCUGGAGGAGUUCAACCAACACUGGACUUGAUUUUGAUUCAAAACUGAACCUUAUGAAAGAGAACUUAAAGACGGAGAAAGGUGGCGAUUGGAGACUUAGGAAAAAAAAAAGGAAACAGACCAUUGCUAGGAUUGAUGGUAUCCAACGAGCCAGGAACUAUGGUAAGAAAGGAGGCUUAAUAAAACUAGAAGCUAAGUUGAAGACGGAGUUGGAUGAUAUCCUUUAUAAAGAGGAGCUUAUCUGGUUUCAAAGAUCGAGAGAGGAGUGGAUUACAUCGAGUGACUGCAACACUAAAUACUAUCAUGCUAUAAAGAAGGAACACUUUCGGGCCCUUUUCAUGAGGGAAACAACAACGGCAAAUACAAGGAAUGUCACGAAGGAGGAAAUAAAACCAGCUGCUUUCUAA